GGACCGUUUCAUCAAUGACGAUUGGACUUCGACCGGCCACCUUGGGUGACGCGGCAGGCGUCGCCGCUGUUGUCGCCGAGGGCUGGACCGCCUUCUCGAGCUUCUUGCCGUCGUCUUUUGUAGACGAGCAGAACCGCAGCCACUUGGCCCGGUUCCAAGAGCUCCUUGCGACAUCGAAUCCGAGCUCGACCAUGGUGUUGAUGGUUGCCGUGGAUACGCGUGACGACGGCACCGAGGUGGUCGCUGGCGCCUGCACCGUGGGCACGACGCGCCAGAAGCCUGCGGCCAUCAAGGACCUGUACGCUUACGAGUUGCGCUGCAUUUACGUCCACGCCGCAUACCACGGCCAAGGCCUCGCAAAGAAGCUCUUCCAAGAAGCUCUCCGCGCCUUCCACGUCCCACUCGACGCACCCAUCUUUUGCAACGUCUUCCUCAAGAACGUCCGCGCCUGUCGCUUUUACGAAAAGCUCGGCGCUGUCGAGGUGUACCGCGAAGCCAACUCGAUCUACAGCCCCGAGCCGGAAACGAUCCUCACGCUUGCGUGGUCGCGGGCAGGGGAUAUUCUGACGCCACCGACGGCAGCUGGAGUGGCGAGCAAGUAGAAUACGAGAGCUAUUCAUAAAACCCCCGAUAAAACCAACAAGCAGACGACUCUGCAAAUCACAGGUGGCGUCCAAGAUCGUCCGGA